AAACUAAACGGGUCAAGUAAUAUGGUCCAAGCACCUAAACGGGUAAAAACAGAUCCAACAGUACACCGCAUAUUCAGGAUUUUAGGGUUCAUAACAUAUUUUCCAGAAUUCUACAAAAUCCCGCAAUCUCAAUACACAAACGUGAAUCUAACAAUGCAUAUCACUUUAAUAUCAAUAUCUUCAAUUUAUUCCAUGGUAAAUCAAAAUCCAGAAACCAGAACAGGAAAGAAAAAGGAAAUCAAUGGCGGAGUUCUGAGGAAAACAGGUCCGGAUCCGAUCAGAGGGAUCCCACCCACGGCACCAGACUCCGAACAUCACCUUCACUGCCUUCCCCAUCUUCCUUCUGUUUAAGGUUUAUACCUAGGGAAGCAAACAGACGCCUGGAACAGAUGCCGAUCUCCUCCCUCUGCUCUUCUACCUUCCCACAGCGAAAAUAGCAAAGCCCUACUUCAUGGUCGCCUAAAUCUCGCCGAAAGUAUGCCGGAAAUCGCCCUUUUGCUCUCCCCCACUCUACCGUUGCUGUUUCUGCAGAAAUCACAGAGAGCGCAAGCUGGUAAUUUCUGGGAUUUUUAUCACUUUUGUGCGGCUGUCCCAGAGAUGAAGGACAUGAGGUUUUCUGUGGUUUUGAGUAGAGGGAGUGGCUGUUUGGGGGUAAUCAGUGAAGAUGAUGCGAUCGGAAAGAUGGCCGGCGAAGCCGGUGACCAGAUGAGACGAAAAUCGGGGAUCUUGAAAAGUGGGGACGGUUGGAGAAAAGAAGAAUUUUUCUGCGUGGUUGCCUCCCUUUUCCGAAUUCCCUCUUGCGUGCGGCUAGGGCUAAUUUUUUUUUUUUUUUAAUGAAGCUUUUUUUGGGUCCGAAUGGACCAGACAUCUGCCUGGGCCGAAAUAAAGACCCGCUGAAUUU